GUCGGUUUCCAAGAGCAUUUUCCAUUUGGCGUUUCCAGUGUGAAGACCAAUUUAAGUUUUUCGUACCGAUAUUCGUCGGUUAGUGAUACUUUUUUUUGCUGUGCCCAAUUCAAAGAUUUCGCUAAAAAGUGUUCAUAAAAUAAACUAUAACGUUCUAUUCGAUCGGAGAUAAACAGUUGCCAUCAAGAUGAGUCCGCCCCAACUGCUGAGCAAGGACUCACCCGACAUUGAGGACCUGCUAUCGCUGAAUCCGCGCGUGAAGACGCAGUGCUCGGUGGUGCCCACCAAGCAGACGAAGGAGAACAAGAAGCACUGGAAACGGAAUGCGGACCACGCCGCUCCGCCAUGCACCACGCUGGCCAACGAUUUUUCGGACAUCAAGCACACGACGUUGUCGGAGCGCGGAGCGCUGGAGGAGGCUGCCCGGUGCCUGAAGUGCGCGGAUGCGCCGUGCCAGAAGUCCUGUCCCACGCAGCUGGACAUCAAGAGCUUCAUCACGAGCAUUGCGAACAAGAACUUCUAUGGGGCCGCCAAGGCGAUCUUCUCGGACAAUCCCCUGGGUCUGACCUGCGGCAUGGUCUGCCCGACCAGUGAUCUCUGCGUGGGUGGCUGCAAUCUGCAGGCCUCGGAGGCGGGUCCCAUCAACAUCGGCGGGCUGCAGCAGUUCGCCACCGAGGUGUUCAAGAAGAUGGGCGUAAGGCAGCGGAGAACGCCCCAGGCGGAGGCCAAUCCACUGGCUGGAAAGAUCGCCUUGGUGGGCGGCGGUCCGGCCUCGCUGUCCUGUGCCACCUUUCUGGCCCGUCUGGGCUACCGCGACGUGACCAUCUACGAGCGAAGGAGCUAUCUGGGUGGGCUGAGUGCCGCCGAGAUACCGCAGUACCGCCUGCCCAUCGAUGCGGUCAAUUUCGAGAUCGAUCUGGUCAAGAAUCUGGGCGUGCGUAUUGAGACGGGUCGCUCGCUGGGCAGUAAGGAUCUGACCGUCCAGGGACUGCUCUCCGCUGGCCACGAUGCCGUCUUCGUGGGCAUUGGCCUGCCCGAGCCCAAGUUGAACCCAAUUUUCGCCGGACUGGAGCCCGCGAAUGGCUUCUAUACGUCCAAGAACUUCCUGCCCCUGGUGUCGGAUGGCUCGAAGCCGGGUUUGUGUGCCUGCAAGGCGGCUGCUGGAUUGCCCAAGCUCCAUGGCAAUGUCAUCGUUUUGGGAGCCGGAGAUACGGCCUUCGAUUGUGCCACCUCGGCGCUCAGAUGUGGUGCCCGCCGCGUGUUCGUGGUGUUCCGCAAGGGAUCCUCCGGCAUUCGUGCCGUUCCCGAGGAAGUGGAACUGGCCCGCGACGAGCGGUGCGAACUGUUGCCCUACCUCAGUCCACGCAAGGUGAUCGUCAAGGAGGGCCUGAUCACGGCCAUGGAGUUCUGCCGCACCGAGCAGAACGAGAAGGACGAAUGGGUGGAGGAUGAGGAGCAGACGCAACGUUUGAAGGCGAACUUUGUGAUUUCCGCCUUUGGAUCCGGCUUGCAGGACCAAGAUGUGCGCGAGGCUCUGGCUCCGCUGCAAUUCCGCGGUGAAUUGCCAGUGGUCGAUCGGGUGACCAUGCAGAGCAGCGUGAAGCAGGUGUUCCUGGGUGGAGAUCUGGCCGGAGUGGCCAAUACCACAGUGGAAUCGGUCAACGAUGGCAAGGUGGCCGCCUGGAGCAUUCACUGCCAACUGCAGGGUCUGCCAUUGAACACGCCAGCCGCCCUGCCACUCUUCUACACGGACAUCGAUGCCGUCGACAUCUCCGUAGAGAUGUGCGGCAUCAAGUUCGAGAAUCCCUUUGGCCUGGCCUCGGCCCCGCCCACCACCAGCACGGCCAUGAUUCGGCGCGCCUUCGAGCAGGGCUGGGGCUAUGUGGUCACCAAGACGUUUGGCCUGGACAAGGAUCUGGUCACGAAUGUCUCGCCACGCAUCGUCAGGGGCACCACAUCCGGCUACAAGUACGGACCGCAGCAGGGCUGCUUCCUCAACAUCGAGCUCAUCUCGGAGAAGCGGGCCGAGUACUGGCUGAAAUCGAUUGGCGAGCUCAAGCGCGACUUCCCCGAGAAGAUCGUGAUAGCCAGCAUUAUGUGCAGCUACAACGAGGACGAUUGGACGGAGCUGGCCACCAAGGCGGAGCAGUCCGGGGCGGAUGCCCUCGAGCUGAAUCUCUCGUGUCCGCACGGCAUGGGCGAGCGUGGAAUGGGCCUGGCCUGUGGCCAGGAUCCCCAGCUCGUGGAGCAGAUAUCGCGCUGGGUGCGACGGGCCGUCAAGCUGCCCUUCUUCAUCAAGCUGACGCCCAACAUUACGGAUAUCGUCUCCAUUGCCGAGGCGGCCAAGAGGGGCGGUGCCGAUGGCGGAUCGGCCAUCAACACGGUCCAGGGACUGAUGGGUCUGAAGGCGGACUCGACCGCCUGGCCGGCGAUUGGCAAGGAGCAGCGCACCACCUACGGCGGCGUCUCUGGCAAUGCCACUCGGCCCAUGGCUUUGAAGGCCAUCUCGGAUAUUGCGAGAAGAGUGCCGGGAUUCCCCAUUCUCGGCAUUGGCGGCAUCGAUUCCGGCGAGGUGGCCCUGCAGUUCAUCCAGGCCGGAGCCACCGUUCUGCAGAUCUGCUCGUCCGUCCAGAACCAGGACUUCACCGUCAUCGAGGACUACUGCACGGCGCUGAAGGCCCUGCUCUACCUGAAGGCCAAUCCGCCGCCAGUGGAUGGCCACUUCUGGGACGGCCAGUCGCCGCCAACACCAGUUCACCAGAAGGGCAAGCCGGUGGUCCGGCUGACCGGCGAGGGCAACGCCACGCUGGGAUUCUUCGGCCCCUAUCAACGCCAAAGGGACAUCAAGCUGGCCGACAUGCGCCGCCAGCAGGGACCUCUCUGGGAUGCGGAGCAGGCGAACAGCACUCCGCCGGCGGCAGAUGGAGCCCCCAGGCCAGCGCCCAGGAUCAAGGAUGUCAUCGGCGCGGCGCUGGACAAGAUCGGAUCGUACAACAAGCUGGACAACAAGCAGCAGAAGGUGGCGCUCAUCGACGAUGACAUGUGCAUCAACUGCGGAAAGUGCUACAUGACGUGUGCCGAUUCCGGUUACCAGGCCAUCGAGUUCGACAAGGACACGCACAUUCCGCACGUGAACGACGACUGCACGGGCUGCACACUCUGCGUCUCCGUCUGUCCCAUCAUCGACUGCAUCACCAUGGUGCCGAAGAAGAUUCCGCACGUGAUCAAGCGGGGAGUUGAGGAGAAGACCUUCUACACCCAUGCCCUCAGCCAGUGCCAGUAAGGGCCCCUUCUAGUUCUACGCGUAAUUGAUAUUAACCCAAUCUAUAUAAUUCAAUUAAAUACAAUACACAUUUCAAAAGCAAA